AUGCAGAAGAGAAACAAUGAUUUUUUAGAUAUAGAACCAGAGCCAAUAGAGCUCCAGGAGUUCCCAGCUCCCAAUUUAGACGAAAAUAAAACGAGCCAAGUAGACAUCAAAGAAGAAUGGCUUCUUUUGAGGAAUAAACAUCCAGCGAAGAGGUUUUUUAUUAAAUUAUGGAAAGGUCCAAGGGAACCAGUGGACUUGCCGCCUUCUUUUCCAUCAAAGUGGUCAUGGACAGCAUUUGUCGAUUCAUUUCCGGAACAAGUCUUUAUGAAGCGAUUUCCUAAUAAACUUAUAAGAAUCGUGCUAUUAAUUAUCUAUUGCAGUGCAUGGUAUUCAGUAGUGUUUCUUCUGCUGCAUCCAUAUUUGAUAAGAGCGCCAUACUACCACCCUGCUGAUGGCAGUGAAAAAGUGCCAAUUUUUUCCCUAAGCUGUAAUUCUUAUUUGAAUUGGGAAGGGAAGAAUAAUGCUUGUGGCCUUGAAGCAAAAGAUUGUGGUCCAUUUGAAAAUGCGGAGUAUAUUAUUAGAUGUCCUGCAUUGUGCGACAGAGGGGCAUGGAUUUAUUCUGCCAUUACUGUAGGCAAUAAUAGAAUUAAAUAUACGGGGUAUGAAAUUGGUGGAGGUCGACUGGACUCUUCGACAGAAAAUGAUGAUAUGCUUACUUAUCCAUACCGCGCUGAUUCGUUCCCAUGUGGGGCAGCUGUCCAUGCUGGAAUAGUGUCGCCUCUUUAUGGGGGAUGCGCAAGACUGACUUCGGAAGGAUUUCAAUCAGAGUUUCCCUCAAUAGAAGGCAAGCAUGGCACAGACCUUUCAAUCUUCUUUGGCUCCUUUUUUCCGGGAUCAUAUUCAUUCAGAUCAAUUAAAAGUGGCAUUCUUAACGGCUGUUAUGACCCUAGGGCAGCAGUGGUGACGAUAAAUAUACUUUUCGGAUUACCAGUCUUUUACCUCUUUGAGAGCAUUUAUGGAUACUGGAUAAGUACUAUAACGGGUUAUUGGACUUUAGUCUUAGCAUUAGACCCACCUUUAUUGACCGAUCCACACGAUAUGGCAACUGUCUAUGAACUUUUUAGUGUUGGAUUUCAGAGGCUACUGCCACUCUGCUUUGUUCUUUAUGUUCUUUGGAAAUGUGCCGUGAAAAGGACACUCGAAAAUGGUUCGCCUCUAGCUAAGAUACUUCUAUGGUAUCCAAUGCUGUGGUUGGGCAUAAUGAAUAAUAUCACAUUUGAUAGAUUACCAGUGGAUAGACUAACUGCAAGAGAUCUUAAAGAGCAAGCUGGUGCAUUAUUAGCUGUAAGUUGUAUUGCAGGUACUAUUUUGACCUGUGCAAUUAUUCAAGCUUACUCGUUAUGGAAAUCAGGGAGAUUCAGAAAAUAUUUGAAAAUUUAUCUUCUACUGAUUUUUGGAUUAGUCACUCUUGCUUCAAUCCCUGGAUUGAACUUGAGGAUUCACCACUAUAUAUUGGGGACAAUUUUGGUGCCAGGUUGUGCAACGAGGGGAAGUUCAGCAUAUUUAUUUCAGGGCAUAUUAAUUGGGUUAGUCCUUUCCGGUGUUUCAAGAUGGGAUUUCGCCAGCAUUGUAGAAACAGACGUUGCUUUAUUAAGAGGUGAAGCCGGUGCUCUUUCUGAGCCUCCAGUGUUUGUAUUUGACAAAAUGCAUUUACAUGCGCUCUCUUGGCAACUACAACCAAAUGUGACAGAUAAUGAUUCACUCGAUGGAUUUUCCUUACUAAUGAAUGAUUUCGAGGUUUAUGUAGGUACUAACUAUACAGUGGAUAUCGAUACUUUGUUGACCGAGAGCCCAACUUUAGACAAUAUGCUCAAGCAAGCACUACAAGAAAGUGAAACCGAUUCGGUCGAAUUAUACUUUAGAGUGGCAAGAGCAUCUACCAGGGCACCAAGGGAAGAACGGGGUGACUACACGAAUGCGGGCACUCUUAAAUGGCCCCAAUGUGAAUGGCACGAUCCACUCCCGGGUGUGUCUUGA